UCAGAUAACACCCGCCCCUUGUAAAAAUUCAAAGGGUAUCUGUAACUCCGCCCCGCCUAUAAAACCAUGGCCUAUGUUCCAAAAUCCGACUAUAAAAAUACCUGUUUAAUGCUACGCAAUUAAGUUGGCCAAAGAAGAAACAAUAUGUCGGAAUCUUAUAACUUUGAAUCCUACCCUCCAUUAUUUCGACCACCACUAAACAUCCCCCAAAUUCAAGAAUCCAACUCUGAUAAAACAGAGCCACUUUUAUUAGGCACUUCCAUACCUGUUAUUGACUAUUUCAAAUGCACAACUCCAACAAAGACAACAAAAUAUCAAGAUGUGAACGAUGAUCGAAAUUUAAUCAGUGAAGCUUGUAGAGAUUGGGGAUUAUUUCGAUUGGUGAAUCAUGGAAUUCCAGUUACUUUAUUGAACCAAAUUGAAGAACAUGCUAUAAAACUCUUUUCAUUGCCCUAUGAAACUAAAAAGACAUUCUUUGCUAGUAGCAACAGCAAUAUUAUUAGCCCCAUAUCUUAUUUUUGGGGCACCCCUGCUCUAACAACCUCUGGUGCCGCGCUAGAACCAAAAAAAGGUCCACAAGAAAAUAAUAACCAGAGCCUGCAAUGGAUGGAAGGAUUCAAUGUUUCAUUAGCUCAAUUAUCAAAUAUUCACUAUCAAGAUUUGUUGCUUGAAACUUUCAGAUGUUUGCUAGAAGAAUAUGGGAAGGAGCAGGCUAGGUUGGCUACAGAAAUAUUCAAGAUUUUGGGACCAUUCAAGUCUAAUUAUUUGUCUAUUGACACUAGUUUAUUAAGGGUAUAUCGUUACCCAAGAUGCCUAGAGCCAGAACGAACGUGGGGCAUUGACGUACACACAGAUAGCUCAGUACUCUCUAUAAUCCAUCAAGAUGAUGUUGGUGGCCUUCAAGUUUACAAAGAUCAUCAAUGGUUUGAUGUCAAUCCUCUCCGUAAUACCCUUAUUGUCAAUAUUGGUGACAUGCUGCAGGCCAUGAGUGAUGAUAGAUAUAUGAGUGUGAAGCAUAGAGUGAAGGUCAACAAACACAAGGAGAGAAUAUCAAUUGGUUAUUUUGUGUUCCCUGCUGAAGAUACUAUCAUUCGAAGCACAAAGUACAACCCCUUCAGCUACGCAGAUUUUCGAGCACAAGUCCAACAUGAUUUGAAAACACUAGGCCUCAAGACUGGUCUUCAAAAAUUCAAAAUUAAUUAAGUAUCUUUAUUUUGAUAGGAAAUAUAAAAAUAAAAAAAUGAUUAUUAAUUAGUUCCCCAAGUAUCUUGAGCUGACUGUAAUUUGUACAAGGUACUAAUUAAACUUUGGUUCAAUUUCUUUUUUCUUUCUAGUUUAUUCCUUCCCCAUUAGGAAGAAAUGAUAGGUUGUUAGAUUACUCUCUUUAAUUUUAUAGUCGGUAAAGAAUCAAGAGAAAAAGAAAGAAUUGAAAUGGAUCGAUCACCGUCUUCUAACAAUACCACAAGUUUUAAAGAAGACUCAAUCUUUGUU